GCCGAGGGACCAUCGUGGAAAAGGGGAUUAACCAUCGAACCGGCUCUGUCUCACACCCUGUGCGACCAGCAGGGCGAUUGGCUGUGGGCUUGGGGCCCCUUGUGUGGGUAUUGGAGCCCUGUGGAGUGAGAAAGGCCAGCUCCUGGUGACGGCGUUAAGCAAAGUCAACAGCGUGUGGUGUCACGCCCGAAACGUGCUCGAGAGGGUUUUGGUUUCAGCGGCAACAUGCGGCGCCCACGAGCAACAGCAACAGCAGCAAACGGCACCACCGCCGUCCCGACGAGCACCACCACAACUGCUGCCGCCCUCGACCCAGCAGUAAGACCUCCACGAGUCCUGAAGCGCGGGCGGUGUGGCACGCGGAGGCAUGUACUGGCUUCAUUCGCCGCCGGCAGCCUGCUGCUGUCCAAGUGUGCAGUAGGGUUUCACGCCCAUGUGCCUCCCGCGAGCGGAACACGCGGAGGCACGCGCAAUGCCCCCCCUACCACCCGCGCAACGCGGCUGCCCUACCAGGCGUCCACCGGGACGACGGUGGUCGAGGGCGAUCAGGUAGACACCAGCGCGGUGCUGGACGAUCUCGCCCGCGUGGACGUGGAGGGGUGGGAGGGCCACGAGUACGGCUUCGACUGGUACCUGGAGAAGGCCAGGCGAGGGAUGAUUUCCAGCAACUCGGGCUUUGCGCCGCUGCGCAUGAAUUUCUGGAGGCCGACUGAGGCCGCAGAGAAGCUCACCUUGUGGGAUAUGAUAUACAUCAUCCUGCGCAACCUGGGGCAGAUGGUGGGGCUGCCCUCUGUGGACAACGCCCCGGUGGCGAAGAUCGACAAGUAUACCGGGAGCUGGUUGACCUUCCUUCAGAAGGUCUCCAACGGGCGACUGGAGGACCUCGCCGGCGGGCCGCUGUUCCUGAUGCUGGAGAAAUAUUUCCUGGCCGAAGGUCCUGUUUACAAGUUGGCGUUCGGGCCGCGGUCGUUCAUCGUGGUCUCGGACCCUGUCAUGGCGAAGCACGUUCUCAAGUCCAGUGUGGGGGACUACGACAAGGGGGUGCUUGCAACGAUCCUUGAGCCGAUCAUGGGCAAGGGGCUGAUCCCCGCAGACCCAGAGACGUGGAAGGUCCGUCGGCGAGCGAUUGUGCCGGGUUUCCACAAGGCGUGGUUGAAUCGCAUGAUGCGGCUCUUCGCCGAGUGUGCCGAUACGCUGGUGGUUGAGGCUGAGGCGGCGGCUCGAACGGGGCAGGUGCUGGACAUGGAGGAGAAGUUCUGCUCCCUGUCCCUCGACAUCAUCGGGCGGGCGGUGUUCAACUACGAGUUUGACUCCGUCAGCAAGGAGUCACCGGUGAUCAAGGCUGUUUACCGCGUUCUGCGGGAGGCGGAGCACCGUUCGAGCUCCUUCAUCCCUUACUGGAAGCUCCCAUUCGCGAACAAGUGGAUCGCUAGCCAAGUAGAGUUCGCCCGAGACAUGGGGCUUUUGAACACGGUGUUGGACAAGCUUAUCCAGAAAGCGCUCGACACGCAGGAGAUGGCGGACAUAGAGGAGCUGGAAAGGCGAGAUCUCGACGAGGUCGAGGACCCGAGCCUGCUCCGCUUCCUGAUCGACAUGCGCGGCGAGGACACGACGAGCAAGCAGCUCCGCGACGACCUCAUGACGAUGCUGAUCGCCGGCCACGAGACCACUGCCGCCAUGCUCACGUGGACGCUCUUCAACCUGGUGCAGAACCCGGAGUACUUGGCGAAGGUGCACGCCGAGAUCGACGAGUGCAUGGGACCGGACGGUAGCCACAUGCCCACCUUUGACGACCUGCCGGGCCUGUUGUACACGCGAUUGGCUCUCGUUGAGGCGCUUCGGCUCUACCCAGAGCCGCCUGUGAUCAUCCGGCGGGCCUUGAAGGAGACGGAGCUGCCGCAGGGAGGGGCUGAUGGCCCCGUUAAGCUCGUGAAAGGCACGGACGUGUUCAUCUCCACGUGGAACCUUCACCGAAGCAAGGAGCUGUGGGACCGCCCGGCGGAGUACAUGCCAGAACGGUUCCUCUCGGAGUUCCACAACAAGGGCGUUGUUGGCUGGAAGGGUUUCACCCCCAGGAUGGGGGCCGGGCUGUACCCCAGCGAGAUCGACGCCGACUUCGCCUUCUUGCCGUUCGGAGGUGGCACCCGCAAGUGCGUGGGCGACCAGUUUGCCAUGAUGGAGGCCACGGUGACCCUGGCAAUGAUGCUCAAGAAGCUGGAUUUCACGAUGGUCGGAACGCCCGAAGAUGUGGGGAUGGUCACUGGCGCUACCAUCCACACCAAGAACGGCCUCAAGAUGACGGCGUCUUUGCGAGAACCGUCGUCUGCGGGGCCGGCGGUGAAUGGCCAUGCUGCCGCCGCCAAUGGCCACAGUAGCACCGGCAUCAACGGUGAAGGGAUUAACGGCAUAAACGGCGCAAAGUUAGACGCGGCGGUGGCGGCUGCGAAGGCAGCGUCCAAGGCUGCGACGGACGCGGUCGGGAAUGCAGUGCCAGGGGACACCACUGCAAGUGUCGGCGAGGGCAAGUGCCCGAUGCACGUGGCGACUGGUUCGUUAGGAGAGGGAGGGCUUCCAUAGUUUUGAAUGCUUCGCCUGCGGAGAAAAUGAGGGUUUCGACCGUGCCAGUCGUGGGUCGUUGCAUUGUUGUUUCCCUCGGGCGAGAGGAGUUUUGUGUUGGACGGAACUGCGUUUUUGUUGUGUGACGGACACAUCCAAGUUCAGUCCACAGAUCGCCCUUGGUUGUUUGAUCCCAAUCGGCGUCUCCAUUGGGUGCGGCCGCGGCAAUAUGGGAGGAGGCCCAUGUUUUCGUCGCAGAGCUUCUCCUCCCCCUUCCAGACCAGCCCCCCCCACCGCCCGCGCUGUAUCCCCUAGGUGGUUUCUCGGUAUAGUAUCGCCGAAAUGGUAGAGAAGCGAACGGCAGCGUGUGGGGAAGCUGCGAUAGGGUGGGUGCACAGGUGCCGGAAUAGUGAAGUCGGAUGCGAGUAGAUUGGCGGCUAGUCGGCUCAAACUUCCGUGCUCUAUUUUGCCAAAGUUAGCAUGUGGUGAAAGCAAUGACUCGAGAGAUGCCGCAGACGGUUUGACGACCAAGUCGAUUUCAGCGCGGGUGUUGUUGUGUCUGCUGUCGAGGGGAUGGCUUUUGUCUUAAUCUCGCCUACUUUUUUCAGCGGGAUAACUUUUACCUGCAAUGAAAUGAUGUGUGAUGCAGCGCAGGCGACUUUGCGGGGUUUUCGUCCACAUCGGUGAGUUGUUGGUUCAUGUCUUGAGUGAUUUGAAUCUUAUGGCCGCUGCUUUGGUACUUGCGAUGGGAGGUGUUGUUGCUUUUUCACACGGCGCAGCUGUAGGGGCGAGGAAGAACAAUCACCUCUGAGUGUCGAUUGACCAACCUAAAGCCCGGUGUUCAAUAUUGGGUCGAAGCUGUUGUCGUUCCUUGUUAUCCUUCAAGUGUUCAAUUCGCGGGAUCGAUCGAUGACCGCUGCUGGUCGAGCGGAAGAACGAAAAUGAGUUACGUAUCUAUGUUUUGUUGCGAGCAGUACCGAGGUGGUCUCAACUGGUCCCGUCUUGUGUAUCAUGUCCCUAAAGCGAGUGUGUGUGGUCGAGGUUUUUAUGUGUGUGGACCAAUCGAUUUUAGGGGGGGCGCACCGUGCUCUGCCCCACCAGUAUAAUAAAAUGCGUUGUUGCCGUUUCGUCGCCACAGGGAGGCAAAACCAUCCGCGGUUCGCUUCUCUUAAAUCUGUUUCUCUCGUGUACCAUGCUCUGGGAACUUUCAUCUACGAGUAGGCCUGGCUUCCGUAGAGGGUUUUCGUACGUUCAAAGCGAUUGAAGAACAACGGCGAUCGGUGCCGCCGCCGAUUUCUCUCGGGGAAUAUGUGGACGCGUACAUGUGAUGGUGCACUCCUGUGAAGUGGUGUAUGUUGGCCCGGGGGCAGCCCCUGCCUCUUCCUGAGCCCGCUUUCCUUUUUCCCCACUCCCCCGCCGCGAGAGAGAGAGUCUGGUAAGAAUGAAUGCCGACGUUAAUUGUUGCAACAGCAACUGAAAAUUGGAAACGACAUUUAGGGCAAUCUGGU